AUGGCAAGUGGAGCCACGUCAGCAGUGCUGACGGUGCAGCAGCUGAGUGCACGUGCGGCACGCAUCAUGUGCUCAACGCCGUGGGGCCGACUCACACGACCCGACGUGCGGUUACCACACGUCCAGGACUUCACACGCUUCCUGGAAGCUUCUCAUUGCAGCCUGCUGCAGUCCCUUAAGAUCCCAUCCUCAGCCAUUUUCCACAGCUACACCUAUCUGAUGAACAGCUUUGCAGCGCAGCUCACCGCUGCAGAGGUGAGGCGACUCAAAUUGCACCCAGCAGUGGCAGACGUGGAGAGAGACCGCACAGUGCGAGUGACCUCGGUGCACUCCCCCCAGUUCCUCAAGCUCGACUCGAGCCUGUGGCCGGCGAAUGGCGGGCAGAGCAACGCAUGA